CUUGUGAGCAGGCCGCAGAUAGACGGGUGGUUCAUACUCUACAAGCAGAGAUUUAGGAUUAGUCUUAGUUUUGAGCCGUUUUUCCCCUUUUUUGUGUACAAGUAUCGUUUUUCACCAGUCAAACGGUGGCAUAUUGGAUACACUGUCCUGCUACUUUGAUUCCGCCAGAAGAUCUGCUUGGAGAUCAGUUGUUUCAGACGGGGGACCCUUCCGCGCCACCCUCCCCACCGCCGCUCCAGCUCUUCUCACAGACUUCAUCUUGUUGUGAAGGUCCGCGCAACGAAAAAAAAACACCACCAGUCCGACAUGGAGUCUAAACCCGCUCCUCUCCCCGUCUGCUUGGCUGUGGUUUCCGUGUUCAUCGCCCAACAUGGACGGGUUAGAGGACAACUUCCCCCACCUGUGUGUCAGACCUGGAACUCAACAACUGUCGAGUGUCACGGGGAUGACUGGUAUCUUCAAACCCAUGCGCGUCUAACCCAACUACCUGUCGGCAUCCCCGAAUCUGUCAUCACGGUGGAUCUCAGUAAGAACAACAUAUCUGUACUGUAUAACGGCUCGUUUAGUCGGUUAGGAAACCUGACAUUCUUAGACCUGUCUUGUAAUCCUUUAGAGACUAUCGAGGUCGGUGCGUUCGCCGGGUUGGAGAAGUUAGAACGUCUUGAACUGCGUUCAGAGAUAUGGUAUUCCCCCUUGGCCACCUAUCCUCUUCAAAAUGGACUUUUCCACGAUCUGCGAAACCUGAACUAUCUGACCGUGGGGACUUACACCGAUAGAACUGCCAGUGAGGGAGUGUUCACGGGGUUAUCUAAACUGACACAUUUAGAACUAAGGCUAAGCGGGGAAUAUUUCGAAUAUACCGGAAAUUUACCUGAUCACGUGUUUGAUUCUUUGACUUCAUUGGAAAGUCUACACAUAAACUUUACGGAAUUUAGCUUUAGCAUAGAAGAGGACGAAAAUGCCACCAUGAGAAGAGUCCACAGCGGAAGUGGGUUCUUACAACGACGCCUGCUGUGGGCACCGCUGCACAACCUUACAACAUUGAGUCUGUACUCUCUGCCAAGAGCCAGUGAUUACUACUUUGGACCUGUAUUUAGAAACAUGUCUAAGUUGGAGAGUAUAAGCAUAUACUUUCCAUUUCCUCCUCUCUAUGCUAAAAUGUUCCGGCCGUUAUUACCGACUCUGAAACAUUUACGCACUGACGCUCAGAUAGCUCCCGGCCUGCUGAAGUCACUCACACAUCUGCAGACGCUGGACACCUUGUCUCCUCCAUAUCCCGACAUUAUGGACGUUCUGCCUGAACUCCGACACACGCAGAUUCAGGAGUUGUCAUUAGCACUACUGUGGGAAAUUGAUACAAUAACAUCUGACGCUCUAGCGGGAUUAAAAGGUCUAAAACAUUUGAAAACAUUAAUUUUUUACAUUGGCUACAUGAAAGCCGUAGAGACUAACGCCUUUGAGGGUUUGUCACAUUUACAAAGGCUGGGUGUGACGCAUGGCACCUUCGAGUCAUUAACGUUACACAACAAGGCAUUCAGCGGACUGUCCUCACUCACUCAUCUUAACUUAGCAGGUAACAUUAUUCCUACUUUACCACCAGACGUGUUUGAAGGACUGACCUCGCUCACUCAUCUCGAUUUGAGCUAUAACAAGUUGGAAACCUCCCAAGCUCAGCUUCCAGAGACAUUGGACUAUCUUGAUCUCAGUCACAAUAAGAUAUACAACAACAGAGACGCAGAUCAAUCACCAUGUGCCAGCCCUUUAUCAUUUAACCUCAGUGGUUUAAAAAGCGCGAAUAAUCUGAAUUUGAGUCAUAAUGAAAUUGACAUUGUUGACAUUGAUUGUCUACCUAGGAAUAUUACUGUGCUUGAUUUUCAGAACAACAACAUAGGACACAUGUAUAAUCCAUUCUGGUUUGCAAGUUUACGGUAUAUCGACCUUUCUAACAAUGAAAUCUCUCGUUUUUAUCAAGACGAUACAUCAAUGUCAUCAUGUGAGCAAUCAGUCUUAGAAACACUUAGGCUGGAUAACAACGCGGUAUCUACUAUUGUAUCACUAUGGCCCCUGAAUCAAGUAAUUUUGAAAACGAUGACUCUUUCUCACAACCAAAUCCAGCGUAUCGAAACAGGACAAUUGACAUGGUUUGACCAGCUGGAGCAUUUGGACCUCAGUUAUAACAUGAUCAACACCGUCAUGCCAUCCGCCUUCCGUGGACUAUCGCGGCUACAGUUCCUGGAUCUCAGUAACAACAAGAUAACGAACAUAGCAGGGAUGACAUUUGAAGAUUUAGGCAACCUUACACAUCUAAACCUGGAAGCCAACAGAAUAGCAGUGAUUGGAGACACCUUUCAGCGUCUGCACGGGUUAAGGUACCUGAAUCUGAGCAGCAACAGGUUGGCUGUGUUAAAUCAAACAUAUUCGGGUCCUGUUCUCUACCGGUUAGAGACUAUCGACAUUGCAGACAACCCAUUUCUGUGUGACUGUAAGUUAAUGUGGUUUGUUGAGUUGGCCCUGGAUAGAUACGACAGGGUAGUGAACUUCCACAACCCCUAUCCUGACUUAGGUCGAGGGUACACAUGUUUCCUUCCGGUUCAUCUGCGUGGAAGACGUUUGGCAGACGGGUUGACUCAGAAACAACACUCUAACGACAGACAGGAUCCACCAGAACGAAAGUUCUUCGACACAGACUGUAGUCAUGGAUUCCGACCCAACCGCCUCCUGGCUUGUGUGCUCGCCUCUUCGGGCAUCUUCGUCGCCAUGACGACCAUUUUCAUGGUCGACUACCACGUCGGCCGUGUUCAGUACUACCUGUGGAUGUUGGACAAGUGGAGGAGACCGAAGAUUGGCGAAGUAAAGAACCAAGGGCCGCCCAGAUACACGCACGAUGCUUUUCUUGCCUACAACAACCGGGACGUCGGCUGGGUUAUACAUGAAGCGAUAGAGAAUCUGGAACCUGACUACAGUCUGGUCUUACACGAAAGGGACUUUGCAGUGGGCGCUCCCAUUGUGAAAAACAUCGCGGAUGCCGUGGAAAACAGCCGGAGAACCGUCUGCCUCAUCACCAGGAACUUCCUGAAGAGUAAGUGGUGCGAGUACGAGUUCCAGCUAGCCCAGUACCACAUGUUUGAGGAGGGGGGAGGGGUGCGUCUCAUCCUGGUGUUUCUGGAGAGGAUUCCUAACCCAAUGCUGAAACAGUUCCGCCAUCUGAACGCCGUAGUGAAGAGGGACACGUACCUGGCGUGGCCAGGCGACGUGCGGAAAAGGCCGCUGUUCUGGAGGCGGCUGCGAGACGCUCUGGGCGAUCCUCUACCCCGGGACCCAGAGCCUGAUCAUCAGCAGCAGGCACAGGAACGAAACAUUCCGGAACGAAACAUUCCGGAACAGCAGGCACGUGCCCCGGAAAGGAACAUUCCGGAACAGCAGGCACCUGCUCCGGAACGGAACAUUCCGGAACAGCAAGCUCUGGGACGGAACAUUCCGGAACAGCAAGAACAGGCUCCAGUAAGGAACCUUGUGGAAGUGCAGGUCCAUGCCCCCGUGCGGGACAUUCUAGAACUGCAAGAUGAAAUUCUAUUACUAGAUCCAGACGACCAGUGGUUUGGAGAUGGUGAUGACGUGCCCCUUCUACGGUAGAUCAAGAUCAAGUUUACCGUGUCAACAGAAUGUUAUUGUUUUUGGGUGGGCGUUUUGUGUUUUAUUCUUUGGAAAAUGCAUUUUCAUUAUUCCGUCAAGUCAUAUAUCCCUACAAACUAUGCUGUACAGCAAUAUGUUCUUACCUGUAUCAGAUAGCAAAUUUUAGGAUUCUCUUUAAACUGUAUUGUAAUUUUAUAUUCACCACCAUAUCUUUUUACGUCAUUUGUUUUCAAAUAGCCUCCAUUGCUAUGAACUUGUCUUAUAGUGCUGACAAUAUUUAUAUGAGUUAUUAAUUGCCUUUAUUUUUAAAACUAGUAUGUGUAUGAGUAGAUUGUGUAGCAAUAUGUAAUUUUAGCUA